CCGAUAGCUCAAUGUCGUUUCGAGGAUAUGCAAAUGGCGCACGCACGCCUGAUAUACUCGCGGCUAUGCGCUCGACACCGCGACCGUCGGUUAUUCGAAAUGGUCUUCCGCCUUCCAGCUUCCGAGAUAACGGGGCGAGCCCCCGCACACCGGGGACCGGUUCGCGCCCCCCGAGCCGCGCAGGAGCAGCGACCCCAAACGAAGGCGGGAAACCUUUGCAUGAGUAUGGCCCGCCUAAUCCACGCGAUCCUCUCGAUGUCGAGAUCGCGCGAAUUGCAAAUUCUCUCCCACAUUGUUUACUCAUCGAACGUAUCGACCCGCCUCUUCGAGGCGCGCCUAAGGAGGGAGAAGAGAUUCGCGCACAGUACGCAUUCGCGGGCCCGUUGGCAAGGAAAGUGGUGGCGUGUAAGUUGACAACGCUCGCGCGGCCUGCAGCGAAGGGUGUGACAAAGAAGGUGAUGUGUCGCGUAGGUGGAGGAUGGCAAGACUUGCACUUGUACGUGAUGAGUCGGCAGACAUAGUACAAUCUCAGCGUUGUGAAGCUCUAGGAGUCAGGGUGACAAUAGGAGGACGCAUUCUAUCGCAUUCUCGUUUAGUAUAAUCGUCUUUAUAUGUCCAUCGGCUACGCUCCUUCAUGCCGUCCUCACUACAUGCAUAUAUUCCAUUGUACGCA